AUCGAGGCGCAGCCGGCAGCCGCGGCGCCCGCGCAGCUCCUUCAGUGCCUUGGCUGGGCGUUUGUGUGAGCGACCGACCGGCGCUCGCCCCGGUCCGCCGCUUGUCCCGUAGCUGUCCGUCCCCUCAUCGUCGCCGCGAGCCCCGGGGUGCUUCAGACUGCAGACUCACUGCACGGGCUCCCGCACUGAGGAAUGAAUGAAACGUCAUUUUGCCUCACCCACCCAGAGCUCCUUCAAGAGAAACGGUAUCCAGCUGAUUCACUGUCACCCCACGGCUCGGCCCCACCGGGGACAGCGUCCACCUCAUCUGCAGGAGUGUUCGCUCUCUGACUGAGAUCACUCUGGUUAAAAACGCAACAUCCUAAACUUACUGCCAGUUUGUUGGAGAUCUGAAGAGGCAGCAAGGCGGGCUGUUCCACUACCUCAUCUCUGAACUGCCAGAACACUUUUUGAAAAUGGCAGAAGCCCAUCAAGCAGUAGCGUUUCAGUUUACAGUAACUCCAGAUGGGAUUGACCUGCGAAUGAGCCAUGAGGCUCUCAGACAGAUCUAUCUUUCUGGUCUCCAUUCCUGGAAAAAGAAGUUCAUCAGAUUCAAGAAUGGAAUUAUCACAGGCGUGUAUCCUGCUAGCCCAUCCAGUUGGCUUAUUGUAGUAGUGGGAGUGAUGUCAACAAUGUAUGCCAGAAUUGAUCCUUCUUUAGGAAUAAUAGCUAAAAUCAACCGGACCCUUGAUACAACUGGUUAUAUGUCCAACCAAACGCAGAACAUUGUGAGUGGGAUGCUUUUUGGCACAGGGCUGUGGGUAGCCCUUAUUAUGACAAUGCGAUACUCACUGAAGAUGCUGCUUUCCUAUCAUGGAUGGAUGUUUGCUGAACAUGGCAAACUUUCCACAGCAACCAAGAUUUGGAUGAGGCUGGUAAAGCUUUUCUCAGGUUGUAAACCAAUGUUGUACAGCUUUCAGACAUCUUUGCCACGACUGCCGGUCCCAGCUGUUGAAAACACUGUUAACAGGUAUCUGGAUUCAGUUCAGCCACUUAUGAAUGAUGAACAGUUCAAAAGAAUGGAGGGUCUUGCCAAAGAUUUUGCAUUUAAUCUUGGACCAAAACUACAGUGGUAUUUGAAACUGAAAUCCUGGUGGGCCACAAACUAUGUUAGCGACUGGUGGGAAGAAUAUAUCUACCUAAGAGGACGUGGGCCAAUUAUGGUUAAUAGUAAUUACUAUGCAAUGGACUUUCUGUAUGUUGUUCCCACUUCCCUGCAGGCAGCUAGAGCAGGUAAUGUUAUCCAUGCCACCCUGCUCUACAGGAAAAAACUGGACAGACAGGAAAUCAAGCCAAUUCUUCUGAUGGGAUCCACUGUUCCACUCUGCUCAGCUCAGUGGGAGCGAAUGUUUAAUACCUCCCGUAUCCCAGGAGAGGAAACAGACACUAUCCAGCACAUGAAGGACAGCAGACACAUUGUCGUGUAUCAUAAGGGCCGUUAUUUCAAAGUCUGGCUAUAUCAUGAUGGUAGACUGUUGAAGCCUCGGGAAAUUGAACAGCAGAUGCAAAGAAUUCUAGAUGACAGUUCAGAACCUCAGGCUGGAGAAGAGAAGUUAGCAGCUCUGACUGCAGGAGAUAGAGUACCCUGGGCUAAGGCUCGUCAGGCCUAUUUUGGACGCGGAAAGAACAAGCAGUCUUUGGAUGCUGUGGAAAAAGCAGCUUUCUUUGUGACUUUGGACGAAACUGAGCAGGGCUACAGGGAAGAGGAUCCAGUGACUUCAAUGGAUACAUAUGCAAAGUCUCUUCUGCAUGGCAGUUGUUACGACAGGUGGUUUGACAAAACAUUCACUCUUGUAGUGUUCAAGAAUGGCAAAAUGGGCCUGAAUACAGAGCAUUCUUGGGCAGAUGCUCCUAUUGUUGGACACCUUUGGGAGAAUGUUAUGUCUUCUGAUUGCCUUCAACUGGGCUAUACAGAGGAUGGUCAUUGCAAAGGAGACAUCAAUCAAAAUAUUCCUUUCCCCACCAGACUACAGUGGGAAAUCCCUGAAGAAUGCCAAGAAGUGAUUGAGAGGUCCCUGUGCACUGCGAAAUCUCUAGCAGAUGAUGUGGACUUCUGUUCUUUUCCCUUUGAUGCUUUUGGGAAAGGGUUAAUCAAGAAAGCUAAAAUAAGCCCUGAUGCCUUUGUGCAACUUUCCCUUCAGCUUGCUCACUAUCGGGACAUGGGAAAAUUUUGUUUAACAUAUGAAGCCUCUAUGACCCGCCUGUUUAGAGAAGGCAGGACAGAAACAGUGCGCUCAUGUACUACUGAAUCGUGCAAUUACGUUCGAGGCAUGGAAGAUCCAACCCAAAAUAAUGAAAAGAGGUGUAAACUAUUCAGGAUUGCUGCUGAUAAACACCAGCACUUGUAUCGCCUUGCCAUGACUGGUGCAGGCAUUGACCGCCAUCUGUUCUGCCUUUAUGUGGUGUCCAAAUACCUUGGUGUUGAGUCUCCUUUCCUUAAGGAAGUUUUGUCAGAGCCUUGGAGGUUGUCAACAAGUCAGACACCACAGCAGCACAUUGAUCUGGAGAAGAACCCUGAGUUUGUAUCCAGUGGCGGAGGCUUUGGACCUGUUGCUGAUGAUGGUUAUGGUGUGUCUUAUAUUCUUGUGGGUGAACACCUCAUCCAUUUCCAUGUGUCCAGCAAAUUCUCUUGUCCUGAGACAGAUUCUCAUCGUUUUGGAAAAAACAUCAAGCAAGCAAUGGUUGACACCAUAGCUUUAUUUGGCGUUGGUAUGAACUCUAUCAAGUGAUUCCCUAAUAUCAAUGCCAGUGUCCUACCAUUGGGGCGAGAACUCUUCUGAUCAAUGAAUGAAAGCAAGGUGUACUACGCAACGGUUGGAGGGGCAUUUGGUCAUAAUCAUCCAGUGAUCACCUGUGAAUAAGGAUUCAACACCUAGGCUGAGGUUCAAAUGUCCUAUCACUUCACAAUAGCUCAGAAGAGUUUUCUUCCCAUAAGGGAUGACUUUUGACAUCCUAUGUGAUUCUAGGGAUAGUAUAAAGCAACAUCAUGUGAAAGGCAUGUGUACUGUAGCUACUGUAGGCCUGUCUCAAUUUUGUGUACAUUUAGUAACUUUUUACUUAAAAUCUGGGUCUUACUUGUAUUUCAUAAAUGAGUGGAUAAAAUUUAUUAAGUCAAUCUUAAUCAGCAGAAAGUAUUUGACUUCAUAUGUACUGGUAGCAAAACAUCAAUUGGUAUAUCUGCUGCUUCUGUCUGAGAGUGACAAGACUUGUGGGUAUUCAUCUAGGUUGUCACUUUUUAAAGAUAUUUCUUUGCAUUGAAAAUAUAUCACAACCUGACAUAACCUAAUGUAAUGCACUAACUGAAAAUAUACUGUGCUUCUUGGAAAUAAGUAUAUGCUACAGUGGGUAGUAAAAUAGUUGCAUUACAUAAAAGAAUGGCAGGUAUCACCUAUUUUCCUCUGUUUUAUAAGCAUAUAGUUUGCCACAUCUUAAUUUUAUUACCAUAUGAACAUACCUGCAUGUUGUAUGAGCCAGUGCCUUAAAAAUGAAAGGCCUCAAUACAGGGAAACCUUACACUGUGGGGUUCUUGUUUUUUGAAUUAUUUCUAUACAUUUUCUAUGCUGAACAAGGGGAAUGGGAUUGUAAAUUUAAUUCUCAAGUUGAUUUAUUUAGGCAACAUAGGAUAAGAGUUCAUGUUUUUACACGUUGCAAUUUGGCUGAGGGCCUCUAUGUGAAAUGCCCCUUUAUCUGUCUAAUGAAAGACUAAUCCUGGUGAGACAAUGAAUUAACUUUGUUUCAGAACCACCACAUUUCUAAAAAUCACCAUUUUGCUGUGUAAGUCACCAAAGAUAACUGCUGCAUCUCAUGUACGUUUUUCUCUGGGACUCCAGGGAACGUAGCCAUUAGUACAUACAAACCCGUUGGGCAAUCCAUAGAAGAAGACUGUCUGCAGCUAAGGAACUGCAUCUUGUCUACCCUCAUGUUUAAAGCAGCACCCACCACAUUUCCAAACAUCUUUAAGGGGAAAGGAUUAAGACAGUCAAAUGGUAAUGCCAGAAUGGUGAAAUCUAGCAUUCUCUGGUCUCUGCCUGGAGAGGCUCUGGGUAGGGCCAUGGAGAAUCAACACACACUUAAUGAGGAAAGCAAAUGGGGAGGGAGAGAGAAAGGAAAAAAAAACUGAGCAGUACCACUCAAAAAGGUAUAUAAUGGAAAUUUUAAAAGCAAAGUAAAGAAACCUUCACAGUUCAUGGUUGCUAUGAAAUUAAAUGAAGUAGCUUUUUGUGAUACCUCUCUUCCCUGGGGUUCAAGUUGUGUUCAUUUUAGACAGUCUUUAUAUCACACAGAGCCUAAGCAGCAUAAAAUGUGGCAAGUACUUGUCAGAGCAACUGUAUAUAAAAGGAUCAUGUAACAUAUACAGUGGUGGUCAGUACAAAAAUGACUGCUGCUCCAGGGCUAUAACAACAUUAACAGCCCUGUAAAGGAAAAUGUCAAAUUUAUCUUUAGAUUGAGAAUAUGAAUAUUUUCUGAGCAUUAUCUUGUUUUGACUCUGCCACGUAAAUUUUUUUUCCCUCUGGGUUCCACACAAAUUUAAUACACAAGUUUGGGAAGAGGCCCAGAUGCAUAGUCAUGUAAAUAUUGUAAUGCAGGAACUCGACAGAAGUGGGCCAGAUAAUUUUUAUUGGGUCAGAUACAGUGUGCAGGCAAGGAGAUUAUCAAAUAAGCCUUACUGCAACUGGCAGGCAUGGCAUCUAAUCAGACUACUGCAGCAACUUCACAGUGAAUUGUCCUUUUGGAGCUGCAGAAAUCAUGCACUAUUUAUAAUGACCACUGACCAAUCUGUAUUAAAUUAACAUUGACAUAUUAGCUUGUAGGAGAAUUUUUUAUUAAGAAAAUAUUUAGGUUUGACUCUCAGGUUUUAAAUGUUACAUAUGUAAUUGUAGGUAGUGCAGUUAUCAAUGCAAUUUUACAUUCCUUAAGAGAAUGUAAAUAUAAUUGGCACAGGAAGAGUUUGUUUUUAUUGUACAUGUUGAAAAGGAUGAUAAGUCUUAUGUAUUUUUUAUUUGGAGCAGAUAAUUUCUAAACAUGGUUUGUAUUUCAUUUAUCUUAGAAUGUCAACUGCAUGUAAAUAAAAAUGUGCUCUUUUGGAUGUAAAUCUUAAAAAUGCACAGUGAAUGUAGGUUAUCAUUAAUUAAAAUUUUUUUAAUCUUCCUAUCCUCUACAUUAUGUACACACAGUGAAACUGCUCACUUUUGUUUGCUUAAGUUGUAUGAAAGUGACAGUUUACCUCUAAUUUUUUAGUGUGGUACACAUAAUACUAAGAAGCACGGCCAAGUUAAAAUAUUGUGUAUAUAUUUAGAAAAAUUCUUGAUUGGUUGAUUCUCAACCAGUGAUUUAAAGAGGACAAAACUAAGGUUGAGUAGGCAAUCGAAUUUGGUAGGAAUUAUAGUAAAUCAGUUAUUACAUGGCAUUGAGGAAUUGGCUGGACAACUGAAUUGUGCAUUUCCAGAUUUUCUAAUAUUUAGCUUUUUGGUGUGAUUUGGGAAACUUAAUAUUUAGGUGUUAACACUUACUCUGGUUGAUGGUCCUAACUAUUUUUAAAGUUUUGUUUUUUGUUUUUUGGUGGGAAUAUGGAUUAGGGUGUCUGACUUUAGCCCCACAAGUUUAAAAAAAGUUCCUAAUUUAUUAUGCUUUGUACCAUAUUGAUUUCCUAUAUCAGAUUUACUAAUUUAUACUGGUUUUAUCAUGCUCAUUUACUCCACUUGUACUAUCUUUUCAUCAGUUAUUUACAUCUAACACUUCUAGUUUGUUCUUUAAUUAUAUUUGUUCUGCCUUUCUGACUCUGAACAAUAAAAAUUAAGGGUUUCACAAUUA